CCUCUUCUCGUCCCCACUCCUCUUUUGCUCCCAAAAUUUCCCCCUUCUCUCUCCCAAAAUCCCCUCCCUCUCUCUCUCUCUCUCUCUUUCUCUGUCUCUGAGAAUUCUCUUCACUCAUCAAGACAAUCACAAUCUCUCUCCUCAAAAUCCAAGUCAUGGGUUUUACUCCUCUCUCUCCCUAUUCGACCCACAAAUCCCUUUAACCCUCCAAAACUCACUCUUUCUCUCUCUAAAAUCCAAGGCAUGGGUAUUAUUCCCCUUUAUGUCCUCUCCAAAACCCAUGUCCUUUUUUCCUCUAAAUGUCACUUUUUCUCGCCAUAGACCAGCUCUUUUCCUCGUCUCUCCUAAAGAGAAGAGAGGAGGAUCAAAACCCAAAUCAUCUCCUUGAAGCUAGCAAGGCUAUGUACUUAUCUGAAAAGCCACGGCCUUUAGAUUUCUACAAAGAAGAGGAAGAAGGCAGAGAUAUGAUGAUCGAAGUCGUUGGCAAUGGCCAGCAUCCGAUGAUUCUUGCCGAGAGCAGCGGUGAGGAUCCUGAGAUUAAAGCUCCCAAGAAGAGAGCAGAGACUUGGGUUCAAGAGGAAACUAGAAGCUUGAUUGGUUUGAGGAGAGAAAUGGACGGGUUGUUUAAUACUUCGAAAUCGAAUAAGCAUUUGUGGGAGCAGAUCUCGGCGAAGAUGAGAGAUAAAGGGUUUGAUAGAUCGCCGACAAUGUGCACUGAUAAGUGGAGGAAUUUGUUGAAGGAGUUCAAGAAGGCGAAGCAUCAGUGUAAAGGGAGUGGGUCAGCCAAGAUGUCAUAUUACAAGGAGCUUGAUGAGUUGUUGAAGGAGAGGAAUAAGAAUGCAACUUAUAAGAGCCCGGCAGCAGCCAAGGUUGAUUCUUUUAUGCAGUUUGCUGAUAAAGGGUUAGAAGAUGCUGGUAUUCCAUAUACUGCUGUAGAAGGUACUGGUAGGUCACCACUGAAUUUAGAAAGGCGCUUGGAUCAUGAGGGACAUCCUCUAGCCAUAACAAGUGUUGAUGCAACAGCCAGCGGUGUUCCUCCAUGGAAUUGGAGAGAUACACCUACAAAUGGUGGGGAGAAUCAAGCCCCAUAUGGUGGAAGGGUACUUCUAGUCAAAUGGGGAGAAUACACCAAAAAAAUAGGUGUGGAUGGGACUGCAGAGGCAAUUAAGGAGGCCAUUAAAUCUGCUUUCGGGUUGAGAACUCAGCGGGCAUUUUGGCUGGAGGAUGAAGAUGAGGUUGUUCGAUGCCUUGACAGGGAAAUGCCAAUUGGGACAUAUUCACUUCACCUUGAUGAUGGAGUAACAAUAAAAGUUUGCACAUAUGUUGACAAUGCGGUUAGUACUGAAGAUAAGACAUUCUACACUGGAGAAGACUUCCGAGAUUUUCUUAGCCGUAAUAAUUGGAUCAGUCUGAGAGAGUUAAAUGGCUUUAGAAGUGUUGUAACUUUGGACGACCUUCGUCAGGGUGAAAUGUAUCAAGGUGUAAGAUUGCUGGAGGAAUAAUAGAUAAAUGAUUACGCUAAGUAGAGUGUCAGAAUGGUUUACUAUUGCGUAUUAUGCUCGUUGAUAUUUAUGGUCUGAGAUGUUUUAUAUGACUUUAUCUGUCUUGUAUAUAGUAACUUUAGAGAUUGUACCGAAUGGUUCUUUCUUGACUUUGCACGGACAUGGUUAGUUAUGCCUCUUGUGUUUUUGGGAUAAAUUUUUGGUAAAUUUAGUUGUAAGAGCAGGUAUGGGGUAUGGAAUUUAAAUUUUGUGA